AUGCGUUUCCUUUCCCUUAUCGCGAGCGUCCUUUCGGUCGCCGCUGCCGCCACCCUGGGCAAGCGUGCAGUUACACCUGGUACUCUAUCCCAGGUCACCUCUUUCGGUACUCAGCCUACCAAGGCUGGCUUCUACAUCUACGUGCCAAAGAAGCUCGCCGCCUCCCCUGGAGUCAUCGUCGCCAUUCAUUUCUGCACUGGCUCUGCACAAGCCUACUACAAUGGCAGCCCGUACAAGACGCUCUCUGAGCAGUAUGGCUUUAUUGUCAUUUACCCAAGCUCACCCCACUCUGGAACAUGCUGGGAUGUCAGUAGCAAGGCAACAUUGAGCCACAACGGUGGAGGUGACAGCAACACUAUUGCAAACAUGGUCACCUGGACCAUUUCCAACUACAAGGCCGAUGCUUCCAAGGUCUUUGUCACCGGCUCCAGCAGCGGUGCCAUGAUGACAAACGUCAUGGCUGCGACUUAUCCCGAGAUGUUCAAGGCUGCUAUCGUCUACUCGGGUGUAGGAGCCGGCUGCUUUGCCUCUAGCUCCAAUGGCGUUGAUGCAUGGAACAGCACCUGCGCGCAGGGCAACUCCAUUGCCACACCUCAAGCCUGGGCCAACGUCGUGUUCAACAUGUACCCCAACUUCAAGGGCGACCGCCCCAAGAUGCAGGUGUACCAUGGCAGCGCCGACGCUACUCUGCGCCCCGCAAACUAUGCGGAGACCAUGAAGCAGUGGGCCGGUGUUUUCGGCUACGACUACAGCAAGCCGACCAGCACACAGCAGAACACUCCUCAGAGCGGCUACACCAGGACCGUUUACGGACCAAAAGUUGAGGGUAUCUAUGCUCAGGGUGUUGGACACUCUGUGCCAAUUCGGGGUUCAGAUGAUAUGAAGUUCUUCGGGUUUGCUUAG